CCAGUCACAAUCACAAUCCCUAUUGUUCUUUUGACGAGUAAUAAAAAAAAAACAUUCUUUUUUUAAAUAUUGUGUUUUGGAUUCCAUUAUCAAGUUCCUAUAUGGCGCGGGGGCGUCCACUCUAUUUUUCGCUCCAAAAAAAUAAAACAAGCAAAACUCGUUCUUAAUGAUAAACAAUCGAGCUAUGGCCUUUACAAGGAGUUCGCAGUCACAGCGAAAUGUUUGGACUUCAUGGUCAAAUAAAAUACUGUUCGAGUUAUUUUUCUUAAUUUUAAAAAUGGCGUCAGUGUGCCAGGACUAUGACGAACAGCCGAAGGAGUUUAAAGAAAAAUGUUACCUCUUUGUGAAGACUUUAAUUCACGCAGUGUUUGUCGGACACCAUACGUUUGUGAAUAUAUUUGGCAGUGUGUUUCUGUGGUCCAUAAAGAACCAUGAGAUUGAUAAAGUGCGGGAGUUGGCGGUUUAUUGUAUUGGAUUUGGGACUAAUUGGAACUUUCUCUUCCAAACCACCUUCCUGUCCCUGGCGCUGCUGCAUGACGCCCUAGAGUGGGUCGACAAACACGACACGAAGAUCGGCCGGCUCGUGCGCUACUGGCGAGAUGUCGUGUUCUCUGGACUCGCUAUUCCUAUUACUAUGUUCGUAACCGGCAUGUUCUGGUCAGUCUACCUCAUCGACCGAGAACUCGUCUUCCCCACGGUCUACGACGACAUCGUCCCGUGGUGGUUCAACCACUGCGUGCACACCAACAUCUUCAUCAUCAUUUGUGUGGAGACAGUCCUGGUGCCGCGGAGAAGGCCCGUGGACUCCAAGAUGGAGCAUGUCUGUGUUAUAACGGCGGUCGUGGCGUAUGCUGUUGUAUACUACUCAAUCUACUUCAUCGGCAACCGAUGGCUGUACCAAGUCUUCGCCAUCAUGACCUGGUGGCAGGUCUGCCUCUUCCAGUGCCUCAUCUGGGCAUCCUCCUACAUAUUCUACCGCAUCCAAUACCCAAUCAACAGACUCAUCCACGGCUCUGGUGACGUCACUGAAACCGUCAAAAACGGUGACGUUUUCGAAAAAGUAGCUGACAAUAGCGACAGCAAUGGUGAUAGGGAUAGUCCUAAAGAUGUUGAUGAGAAAGAUGGGCUAAGAAUUGUAAAUGGAGAGAAAGGAGCAACGUAUGUAGGUAACGGUAUUAGUACGAUAAGCAAUGGUGUUUAUAAACAAUUGAGUUUGAAUGACGCAGAGGGUAAUGUUAAUGAUUUGAAGAAACCUCCAUUCGCUGAUAGAACAUGGAGUCUAAAGUACAGGACGAUUAGGAACCAAUUUGAGAAUUCUAGCUUAUAAGGUUAUCGGGACAUUGUUAAGUUUUAAAAAGCUGAAUGUGAUGAAAUAAACGUAAUCUUAAUGAAACUGUGGAAAAAAUAUAUCUAUGAAUUAUUGUGCCUUGCCAUUUUAAAUUGUAAACAAAAGUAAAGGAAUUUGGAGUAGAUAAUAUAUUAUUACAAUAUUCAAGUAUGUCAUUUUAUGUAACAAUCAAUUUAGUUUCGUUGGUAUAUCAAAGAAAUGUAUUGUAUGUAUUUGAAUUGUUAAGUUAAUGUGGUAUGUUUAAUAUAGUCACUAGGAUAGAAUAAUUAUGUGUAAAGAAAGCUGAUGGAUCGUAAAAUAAUACAUAGACAAAUCGUA